AUGAUUUUCCAUCCGCAUCACACUUUUCUGUCCAUCCCUUCUUCCUCUGCAUGCAAGCAGGGUGGGGAGCCCCAGUUGCGCCACUGCACCGACCACGAGGAACUCUUCAGGCAGGAGAGCUACUUCUCGUAUCUCUUUGGGGUCAUCGAACCGGGAUUCUAUGGUGCUGUGGACGUGUCAGUGCAGCCAGCACGGUCAUUCCUCUUCAUGCCGCACCUCCCGGACUCCUAUGCUGUGUGGAUGGGUCCUCUGCACACCCACCAGCAGAUCAAGGACAAGUAUGGAGUGGACGAGGUGCACUAUAUCGAGGACAUGGCAGCAGUGCUGAAAGCAGCAGCAGCAGCAGGGAGUGGAGGCAGCCUGCCAACUCUCUACCUCCUGACGGGGAUCAACACAGACAGCGGCAACUCCUGCAAGCCAGCCCACUUUGAUGGCAUAGACGCCUUUCCCCAAGACCUGGCCGUGCUGCACCCAGAGCUGAGCGAGUGUCGCGUGAUAAAGUCUGAGGAGGAGAUUCAAGUGAUGCGCUAUGCUGCUGCUGUGUCGUCAGAUGCUCAUGUGGAGGUGAGUGGAAGGGGGAGUGGGUCGGGGGAUAUAGUGCCUUGCUAUGCUAUGCUGUCAUGUCUUGCCACAGUGCCUUGCUAUGCUAUGCUGUCAUGUCUUGCCACAGUGCCUUGCUAUGCUAUGCUGUCAUUGCCUUGCUAUGCUAUGCUGUCAUGUCUUGCCACAGUGCCUUGCUAUGCUAUGCUGUCAUGUCUUGCCACAGUGCCUUGCUAUGCUAUGCUGUCAUUGCCUUGCUAUGCUAUGCUGUCAUGUCUUGCCACAGUGCCUUGCUAUGCUAUGCUGUCAUGUCUUGCCACAGUGCCUUGCUAUGCUAUGCUGUCAUGUCUUGCCACAGUGCCUUGCUAUGCUAUGCUGUCAUGUCUUGCCACAGUGCCUUGCUAUGCUAUGCUGUCAUGUCUUGCCACAGUGCCUUGCUAUGCUAUGCUGUCAUGUCUUGCCACAGUGCCUUGCUAUGCUAUGCUGUCAUGUCUUGCCACAGUGCCUUGCUAUGCUAUGCUGUCAUGUCUUGCCACAGUGCCUUGCUAUGCUAUGCUGUCAUGUCUUGCCACAGUGCCUUGCUAUGCUAUGCUGUCAUGUCUUGCCACAGUGCCUUGCUAUGCUAUGCUGUCAUGUCUUGCCACAGUGCCUUGCUAUGCUAUGCUGUCAUGUCUUGCCACAGUGCCUUGCUAUGCUAUGCUGUCAUGUCUUGCCACAGUGCCUUGCUAUGCUAUGCUGUCAUGUCUUGCCACAGUGCCUUGCUAUGCUAUGCUGUCAUGUCUUGCCACAGUGCCUUGCUAUGCUAUGCUGUCAUGUCUUGCCACAGUGCCUUGCUAUGCUAUGCUGUCAUGUCUUGCCACAGUGCCUUGCUAUGCUAUGCUGUCAUGUCUUGCCACAGUGCCUUGCUAUGCUAUGCUGUCAUGUCUUGCCACAGUGCCUUGCUAUGCUAUGCUGUCAUGUCUUGCCACAGUGCCUUGCUAUGCUAUGCUGUCAUGUCUUGCCACAGUGCCUUGCUAUGCUAUGCUGUCAUGUCUUGCCACAGUGCCUUGCUAUGCUAUGCUGUCAUGUCUUGCCACAGUGCCUUGCUAUGCUAUGCUGUCAUGUCUUGCCACAGUGCCUUGCUAUGCUAUGCUGUCAUGUCUUGCCACAGUGCCUUGCUAUGCUAUGCUGUCAUGUCUUGCCACAGUGCCUUGCUAUGCUAUGCUGUCAUGUCUUGCCACAGUGCCUUGCUAUGCUAUGCUGUCAUGUCUUGCCACAGUGCCUUGCUAUGCUAUGCUGUCAUGUCUUGCCACAGUGCCUUGCUAUGCUAUGCUGUCAUGUCUUGCCACAGUGCCUUGCUAUGCUAUGCUGUCAUGUCUUGCCACAGUGCCUUGCUAUGCUAUGCUGUCAUGUCUUGCCACAGUGCCUUGCUAUGCUAUGCUGUCAUGUCUUGCCACAGUGCCUUGCUAUGCUAUGCUGUCAUGUCUUGCCACAGUGCCUUGCUAUGCUAUGCUGUCAUGUCUUGCCACAGUGCCUUGCUAUGCUAUGCUGUCAUGUCUUGCCACAGUGCCUUGCUAUGCUAUGCUGUCAUGUCUUGCCACAGUGCCUUGCUAUGCUAUGCUGUCAUGUCUUGCCACAGUGCCUUGCUAUGCUAUGCUGUCAUGUCUUGCCACAGUGCCUUGCUAUGCUAUGCUGUCAUGUCUUGCCACAGUGCCUUGCUAUGCUAUGCUGUCAUGUCUUGCCACAGUGCCUUGCUAUGCUAUGCUGUCAUGUCUUGCCACAGUGCCUUGCUAUGCUAUGCUGUCAUGUCUUGCCACAGUGCCUUGCUAUGCUAUGCUGUCAUGUCUUGCCACAGUGCCUUGCUAUGCUAUGCUGUCAUGUCUUGCCACAGUGCCUUGCUAUGCUAUGCUGUCAUGUCUUGCCACAGUGCCUUGCUAUGCUAUGCUGUCAUGUCUUGCCACAGUGCCUUGCUAUGCUAUGCUGUCAUGUCUUGCCACAGUGCCUUGCUAUGCUAUGCUGUCAUGUCUUGCCACAGUGCCUUGCUAUGCUAUGCUGUCAUGUCUUGCCACAGUGCCUUGCUAUGCUAUGCUGUCAUGUCUUGCCACAGUGCCUUGCUAUGCUAUGCUGUCAUGUCUUGCCACAGUGCCUUGCUAUGCUAUGCUGUCAUGUCUUGCCACAGUGCCUUGCUAUGCUAUGCUGUCAUGUCUUGCCACAGUGCCUUGCUAUGCUAUGCUGUCAUGUCUUGCCACAGUGCCUUGCUAUGCUAUGCUGUCAUGUCUUGCCACAGUGCCUUGCUAUGCUAUGCUGUCAUGUCUUGCCACAGUGCCUUGCUAUGCUAUGCUGUCAUGUCUUGCCACAGUGCCUUGCUAUGCUAUGCUGUCAUGUCUUGCCACAGUGCCUUGCUAUGCUAUGCUGUCAUGUCUUGCCACAGUGCCUUGCUAUGCUAUGCUGUCAUGUCUUGCCACAGUGCCUUGCUAUGCUAUGCUGUCAUGUCUUGCCACAGUGCCUUGCUAUGCUAUGCUGUCAUGUCUUGCCACAGUGCCUUGCUAUGCUAUGCUGUCAUGUCUUGCCACAGUGCCUUGCUAUGCUAUGCUGUCAUGUCUUGCCACAGUGCCUUGCUAUGCUAUGCUGUCAUGUCUUGCCACAGUGCCUUGCUAUGCUAUGCUGUCAUGUCUUGCCACAGUGCCUUGCUAUGCUAUGCUGUCAUGUCUUGCCACAGUGCCUUGCUAUGCUAUGCUGUCAUGUCUUGCCACAGUGCCUUGCUAUGCUAUGCUGUCAUGUCUUGCCACAGUGCCUUGCUAUGCUAUGCUGUCAUGUCUUGCCACAGUGCCUUGCUAUGCUAUGCUGUCAUGUCUUGCCACAGUGCCUUGCUAUGCUAUGCUGUCAUGUCUUGCCACAGUGCCUUGCUAUGCUAUGCUGUCAUGUCUUGCCACAGUGCCUUGCUAUGCUAUGCUGUCAUGUCUUGCCACAGUGCCUUGCUAUGCUAUGCUGUCAUGUCUUGCCACAGUGCCUUGCUAUGCUAUGCUGUCAUGUCUUGCCACAGUGCCUUGCUAUGCUAUGCUGUCAUGUCUUGCCACAGUGCCUUGCUAUGCUAUGCUGUCAUGUCUUGCCACAGUGCCUUGCUAUGCUAUGCUGUCAUGUCUUGCCACAGUGCCUUGCUAUGCUAUGCUGUCAUGUCUUGCCACAGUGCCUUGCUAUGCUAUGCUGUCAUGUCUUGCCACAGUGCCUUGCUAUGCUAUGCUGUCAUGUCUUGCCACAGUGCCUUGCUAUGCUAUGCUGUCAUGUCUUGCCACAGUGCCUUGCUAUGCUAUGCUGUCAUGUCUUGCCACAGUGCCUUGCUAUGCUAUGCUGUCAUGUCUUGCCACAGUGCCUUGCUAUGCUAUGCUGUCAUGUCUUGCCACAGUGCCUUGCUAUGCUAUGCUGUCAUGUCUUGCCACAGUGCCUUGCUAUGCUAUGCUGUCAUGUCUUGCCACAGUGCCUUGCUAUGCUAUGCUGUCAUGUCUUGCCACAGUGCCUUGCUAUGCUAUGCUGUCAUGUCUUGCCACAGUGCCUUGCUAUGCUAUGCUGUCAUGUCUUGCCACAGUGCCUUGCUAUGCUAUGCUGUCAUGUCUUGCCACAGUGCCUUGCUAUGCUAUGCUGUCAUGUCUUGCCACAGUGCCUUGCUAUGCUAUGCUGUCAUGUCUUGCCACAGUGCCUUGCUAUGCUAUGCUGUCAUGUCUUGCCACAGUGCCUUGCUAUGCUAUGCUGUCAUGUCUUGCCACAGUGCCUUGCUAUGCUAUGCUGUCAUGUCUUGCCACAGUGCCUUGCUAUGCUAUGCUGUCAUGUCUUGCCACAGUGCCUUGCUAUGCUAUGCUGUCAUGUCUUGCCACAGUGCCUUGCUAUGCUAUGCUGUCAUGUCUUGCCACAGUGCCUUGCUAUGCUAUGCUGUCAUGUCUUGCCACAGUGCCUUGCUAUGCUAUGCUGUCAUGUCUUGCCACAGUGCCUUGCUAUGCUAUGCUGUCAUGUCUUGCCACAGUGCCUUGCUAUGCUAUGCUGUCAUGUCUUGCCACAGUGCCUUGCUAUGCUAUGCUGUCAUGUCUUGCCACAGUGCCUUGCUAUGCUAUGCUGUCAUGUCUUGCCACAGUGCCUUGCUAUGCUAUGCUGUCAUGUCUUGCCACAGUGCCUUGCUAUGCUAUGCUGUCAUGUCUUGCCACAGUGCCUUGCUAUGCUAUGCUGUCAUGUCUUGCCACAGUGCCUUGCUAUGCUAUGCUGUCAUGUCUUGCCACAGUGCCUUGCUAUGCUAUGCUGUCAUGUCUUGCCACAGUGCCUUGCUAUGCUAUGCUGUCAUGUCUUGCCACAGUGCCUUGCUAUGCUAUGCUGUCAUGUCUUGCCACAGUGCCUUGCUAUGCUAUGCUGUCAUGUCUUGCCACAGUGCCUUGCUAUGCUAUGCUGUCAUGUCUUGCCACAGUGCCUUGCUAUGCUAUGCUGUCAUGUCUUGCCACAGUGCCUUGCUAUGCUAUGCUGUCAUGUCUUGCCACAGUGCCUUGCUAUGCUAUGCUGUCAUGUCUUGCCACAGUGCCUUGCUAUGCUAUGCUGUCAUGUCUUGCCACAGUGCCUUGCUAUGCUAUGCUGUCAUGUCUUGCCACAGUGCCUUGCUAUGCUAUGCUGUCAUGUCUUGCCACAGUGCCUUGCUAUGCUAUGCUGUCAUGUCUUGCCACAGUGCCUUGCUAUGCUAUGCUGUCAUGUCUUGCCACAGUGCCUUGCUAUGCUAUGCUGUCAUGUCUUGCCACAGUGCCUUGCUAUGCUAUGCUGUCAUGUCUUGCCACAGUGCCUUGCUAUGCUAUGCUGUCAUGUCUUGCCACAGUGCCUUGCUAUGCUAUGCUGUCAUGUCUUGCCACAGUGCCUUGCUAUGCUAUGCUGUCAUGUCUUGCCACAGUGCCUUGCUAUGCUAUGCUGUCAUGUCUUGCCACAGUGCCUUGCUAUGCUAUGCUGUCAUGUCUUGCCACAGUGCCUUGCUAUGCUAUGCUGUCAUGUCUUGCCACAGUGCCUUGCUAUGCUAUGCUGUCAUGUCUUGCCACAAUGCCUUGCUAUGCUAUGCUGUCAUGUCUUGCCACAAUGUCUUGCUAUGCUGACAUGCUAUGCUAUGCUGUCAUGUCCGGAUGUCAUGCCAUGCUCCUGCUUCACUGGCUAGUUUCCACAUCUUGCACCCCGUUUUGUGUGACAUUGUGA